UAUGUGAGGAGUAGAAACAACAAGCCGCCAUUUUGUUUGUGCGGAGAGACGGAGAGAGACAGGAGAAACCGAGAGACAGAACGAUUUUUACGCCGACGAUAGCGAUUCCGAAAGCCGCCGGGCACACAACAGUGGCGGUGUAGUCUCGGAAGAAGGAAAAAACCUACAUGAAUGUGAUGGAAGGAGGAAGCGGACAAUAAAAUGAAAAUUCUCUUUUGAGUAUCCAAGGAAGGUUUUUUACGGAGCUGAGAGGAGAGGCGGAAGAAGAAGACGAUAUAUUAAACGGAGGAAAAACCUGCGAGGGAGCGGAGAAAUUAAGAUAGCUAAUAAUAAAACAAAUAACAUAAUUGGCCGGUCGUCGUCAGGCGGAGAAGCGAGUGAAAGACAAUAAUGAAAACGCGAACCGUUAAAGAGCAGAAAGAAGGAAGAAAAACGGAAAGGAAUUAAACUGAAGAAAAGAAAAUUAAAAAGGAUAAACGCGAAGGGGGAUACCCAUCACAAAGACUUAACGAACGGAUUGUGAAGAGCCAGAUAUCUUGGGGAGGUGUACAUUUUCUGGACCUGAAGCUUCCCACUUCUGAAUAACCCAUAAUAUUGUAGCGACCCCCCUCGAUUUAUCCGAUUUUCGCUCAUAGCUGUAUUCUCUUGUUCUCGGGUGAGCUUUUUUUUUCCUCCCCCUUUGCUCGCCUUACCAGCUUGGUCGUUGUACGCAGUGUCAGAUUAUUUCUUGCUAUAUAUGAUUUUGCCCGGACAGGCAAUGGAUUUAUAAUAUUCUUCUACUGCGGUUCUUUCUUCCUGUGAAGCGAACGGACAAAAAUUGGUACCGACUGCAAGCAGUAGCAUUGCCCUCUUCGCACGAAACAUCGCUGCAAAAUUAAACUGAAGAUUAACAGGAUCAAUCGUAGACCAAUUAGUUAUCGGAAUAAUUGGGUGAAAGACACAAAAACUGAACCAGAAGGUUACCUUGUGCAAACAGAAACAUUGAUAGUGUUAAAAAAAAAAAAUCGCUUCGUACGGACACCACGGUUUGACAUUUUUGCAAACAUUUUGCAACCCAUUUUUUUUCUUGCAUCCAGGAGCAUGUACUCAGAGGGCGCAGGAUUUUUGAUAAAUACAUAAAUAGGUCCGUGAACAGUGCUUUUCUCAACUAAUAGACGGAGAAUCCGCUCUCUCGGACGAUUUCAAGUAGAAAUUUAAGGCGCAGAUUUUUUUUUUUGCAAGACGUUACGUUAGCUCUUAGCAUCGCUGCUAGUCAGUGUGUACCACUAUUGUGCGCUGAACAUGCAUGCGAAUUAAAUGCGGCCAGCCAGUUUAAAAUGUGAUGAUAUUUUCUUCGCCGUUGCAGCCGUUUAAUUUUAGGAAAGCGUCUGUGUACUUUAGUAUUGUGCCUAAAACUAAUUUCUGCAUUUCCAGUAUUCUAGUCCCCUCGAUGCGGCCGGCAGUCUUAAAAUCGCAAAUCUGUCACCUAGUAGCUGGUAACAAGGGUUUCCAUUGAAAGAGCAGACGAGGGGGGUGAAAACUUUCUGCCGUGUCAAUUUGUAUUGUAGUCAAGUGGAAUUGAGUUCGACAGGUUUCGGCUUGGAUACAGACUAGUAAUUCGUUUUCAAACGGAGGAUUUGGUCGUACUAUUUUUUUUUUUUUUUUUUUUUUUUUCCUUGUUCCUAGCCGCCCGACACCGUAUUUUUUCCUUCUUUUGGAGCAGCGUAACAAACUACAAAGUUAAAGGCAGCAGCAAUCGCCAGAGAGAGGCUGUAUUUUGAGGUCCCCGUGAAAGCCAUGCAGUGAAGUCGGACGGGAAGCAGCCACUACUCGCUCGCUCGCUCGCUCGCCUCCUCCUCGCUCACUCGGUCGGUCGGUUGUUUCGUCAGCUGCUCGUGCUGCGCGGUACCUUCGGCUCCUCACAAUGGUCGCGCUGGAGUCUCGCUGCGCUGAUUGCGAUGGAAGCUCAGUCCGAAGCGAAGCCACAUCCGCUCUGGGAUUCCUCGUUGUCGUUGUAUGAGGCGACCCCCUCUAAGUAGCCGUCGGGGUUCGUCCAGGUUGCAGUUUCCUCCUGAGGCCCUGCUUUCCCCGGCUGCCACGACUCCGCAGCGCGGCUCUGUCGGAUUGAUUGCUCGGUGUCCCCGCCGACGAUGGCGGAGAAGACGGACGCGCCAGCGGAGGACAGGUCCUGGGACAAUUUGAAUUUCACCGUCGCCGAGGAGGCUACAUGAGUUAGUAGAAGGCCGUUUCUGCAGUGUCUCUCCUCUCACCGAUUGCACCUUUCCUCCUCAGGACUCCGCUUGUAAAGAAACGACACCAUCGUCAAAAAAUCGCGAGGGGAGGGGGGUGAUACGCCGAAGUUGAAAGAGGGGCACCCAGGAAAGAGGAGCGAGUAUUUUUACACAAGACUCCCCCCGCCCCGUCCCAAAAAGGAGGGGGAAGUCAGAGACGUUCAAAGAAGCGGAAAAAAAAAUAAUAAAGAGAACGAAGACGAUCAUAAAGGAAAUAUCCCCCCGUGUGUUUGUGGACAGUUUCUAUAUCAUAUAUAUUUUUUUUGUUUCGUUGAAAAAUAUGGCCGAUAAUCAUGUUCUGGACUCCGGCCCGCCUUCAGCCAAGAGGCCUAAGCUGUCCUCUCCGGCGCUGUCUGCCAGCGAUGGGAACGAUUUCGGCUCACCGUUCGACCUGGAACAUGACCUCCCCGAUGAACUCAUUAACUCCACGGAGUUGAGCCUACCCAAUGGAGGGGACCUGGGCCAGCAGCACACCACUCUGGGUGGAGCGACACUCAGUGGCCAGGACGCAGCAGCUAAGCACAAGCAGCUUUCAGAGCUUCUGCGGUCUGGGGCACCGCCAGUGCUUCCCUCUCCUCAGCAGGGGGCAGCAGGGAGCCCCAUUGGGGGCAGCAUGGGUCUCUUGGGCAGCAUGAAUGUAUCCCCAGGUUCCACAGGAAUGGCUGGGCAGCAGCAACAUCAAUCUCCCCAGCAGGCAGCCAUGAUGCACCAAGCCCCUGGGAUGGGUGGCGGCAUGAUCAGGAGUAUGAUGGGAGCCCAGAAAGGAAACGGACAGUCAGCUUCUACACCUCAACAAGGCAUGAUGGGGGGUCAGGUCAUGAACGGCUCUCCUAGGAUGAAUUACUCAAACCCAGGGAUGGGGAGCAACAAUAACCUACUGGCGGAGACCCUGCAGCAGCAGCAGGGAAGUCAGCAGUUGGGACAGGUUUCACAAGCCGCUCAACGAGGACAACAGCCUGGAGCACUGAACAAGAUGGGCAUGAUGGGUAGCCCUGGUCCCUAUGGCAGCCCUUAUGGUCAGCCUGCAGGUCAGGGUCUGGGUGGGGCUGGACUAGGCCAGCAACUACAGAACAAGGCAGGUCUACCCAACAGUCUGGCCCAGUUUAACCUGGACAAAAAGACGCCACCCAUGCAGGGCAUUACUGGCAUGGGCUCCCAGCAGCCCUCUGCAGGUGUGGCUGGAUCAACAGCAGGCACCACGGGACCUGGGGCAGCAAGCAGCAUGAUGCCCACCUCUACAGUGGCCCCAGGUGGCUUGGGCACGGCAGCGACUUCUUCAGCACCACCCCCCACAGCUGACCCGGAGAAGCGCAAGCUGAUCCAGCAGCAGCUGGUGCUUCUGCUGCAUGCCCAUAAGUGCCAGAGGCGCGAACAGGCUAAUGGAGAGGUGCGCCAGUGCAACCUACCCCAUUGUCGCACCAUGAAGAAUGUCCUCAACCACAUGACCCACUGCCAGGCUGGCAAGUCUUGCCAGGUGGCCCACUGCGCCUCCUCACGGCAGAUCAUCUCUCACUGGAAGAACUGCACACGUCAUGACUGCCCUGUUUGCCUGCCUCUCAAGAACGCAGGAGACAAGAGGAGCCAGCAGAGUGAGUCUCUUCUGGGCACUGCUGGUAUGGGACUACGCAGCUCCUUGGGGGCUGUGCCUGGGGGGCAACCCAGUUCCCCUAGUCUCAACCCCACCAACCAAAUUGACCCCAGCUCCAUAGAACGGGCCUAUGCUGCUCUGGGUCUCACCUACCAGGGUGCCCAGGUGCCCCCGCAGCCUCCUCAACCACAGCUGUCUGGCCAGGGGCUUCAGAGCCAGCCUGGCAUGCGACCACAAAGUGCAAUGGCAACAAUUGGGAAUGCCAUGGGAGUGAACGGAGGUGUUGGGGUCCAGUCAACUAACCAGCAACCUAGCCUCCUGCAGGAUGGCAUGUUGCACAGCAGCAUGAAUUCGCAAAGUCUGAUGAAUGACGGCAGUGCAGUGGGUGCUAUGGGGUCCAUGCCUACGGCCACACCACCGUCUGCAGCAAGCAUUAGAAAAAGCUGGCAUGAGGAUAUCACCCAGGACCUGCGCAACCACCUGGUGCACAAGCUAGUACAAGCUAUCUUCCCCACCCCGGACCCAGCUGCUUUGAAAGACCGGAGGAUGGAAAACCUGGUGGCCUACGCCCGCAAGGUGGAAGGGGACAUGUACGAAUCAGCCAACAGCAGGGGGGAGUACUAUCAUCUCCUGGCAGAGAAGAUUUACAAGAUUCAAAAAGAGCUGGAAGAGAAGAGGCGAACACGUUUGCAGAAGCAGGGCAUGAUUCCCACUCAACCAGGCAUACCACCUUCAGGAAUUCCACAAGGGCCUCCCAGCAUGGGGCAGGCCCCCAUGCCCCCUGGACAGACCCUUAACGGUCCACACUCUGAUUCUUCCAUGGUUCGUUCUCCCGUGCCAAGCCAGAUGGUAAACCGGAUGCAGAACCCCACAGCAGGUAUAAACCAGUUUAACCAGUUGGGAAUGCAAUCCCUUGGCCAGAGAUCCACACCACCACUUCAGCUUGGAUCUGCUAUUAACCAGAUGGGUAUGGGGGUACCAAGGAUGGGGCAGCCCAGCAUUGGUCAGCUGCAGAAUCAAUAUCUGCCCACUGGUCAGUGCUCAGGAACAGGGCCAGGGCUUGGGGCUGGCACUGUUGGCAUGCCACAGCAAACUCAGAUGUCCACACCACCCCCACUUCCUGUUAGCAGUCCACUCCCUCAGCCAGGUUCAGUGAAUAGUGGGGCAUCUGUGGGCCCUGCGGGGUCUGUCACAGGAGGCGGCCAAGCUUCUGGCCUCCCCCUGUCUUCUGGCUCAUCACAGCCUAACUCCCAUCCUCAUUGCCCUCCUCUACGGCAGAACUCGCCAUCCCCUGCACGCAGCCUGACUCCUACACCCCACCACACGCCACCAGGCUUAGCUGGCUCACAGACCCCCCAGCCUCAGACCCCCACACCACCCCAGUUGGCCCCACCAGCUCAACAGCAACAGCAGUUAGCUCAGUCAAUGGGACCUGGGGUUGGCCUGGACAAACCUACUCAGCUACAGCAGCAGCUGGGAGGUGUCACGUCUGGAGUUCCCCAAUCAGGGCUGGCGUCCUCUGUGUCCACGCCAACAGCCCCCUUGCCACCUCAGCUCCCACGUACGCCGCUGUCCCAGAGAUCAUCCCUGACGGCAGACGGCCAAGUCUCCACACCAGCAUCUGUCAGCAGCGCUGAUGCGAGCUCCCAGCUAGCCACGUCUGACACGAAGAUGGAAGUCAAGCAGCAAGAUGAAGAGGAGGAGGAAGAGGUGUCAGAUGGGAAGGUCUCAGGAAAGAAGGUUGCCACACAUGCAGAUGGGAAGCCUGAAGAGAAGCCAGAGUUGAAGAAAGAAGAGUCAGCGGGUGAACGAUGCAAAGUGGAGCCCAUGGAGAUGCUGUCAGGAGGAACAGCAGAGGACAGAAAAUUGGAUGUGAAGGUGGACCCUAAAGAGGAAGAGGAGGGGUUAGGGACAACUGGCACACUCAGUUCUACCCCCAGUGUGCAGAGCAAGAAGAAAAUCUUUAAAGCAGAGGAGCUGCGGCAGGCCCUGAUGCCCACUCUGGAGGCACUAUACCGCCAGGACCCUGAGUCGCUGCCCUUCCGGCAGCCGGUGGACCCCCAGUUACUGGGAAUACCCGACUACUUUGACAUUGUGAAGAACCCAAUGGACCUGUCAACUAUCAAGCGCAAACUGGACACAGGACAAUAUCAGGAGCCCUGGCAGUACGUGGAUGAUGUGUGGCUCAUGUUCAACAAUGCCUGGCUCUACAACCGCAAGACCUCCCGUGUCUACAAGUACUGCUCCAAGCUGGCUGAGGUGUUUGAGCAGGAGAUCGACCCUGUCAUGCAGGGUCUAGGCUACUGCUGUGGCAGGAAGCUUGAAUUCUCUCCUCAGACCCUUUGCUGCUAUGGCAAGCAGCUGUGCACUAUUCCUCGUGACGCUGCGUACUUCAGCUACCAGAACAGGUACCACUUCUGUGAGAAGUGUUUCAACGAAAUCCAGGGUGAGAGCGUGUCCCUUGGGGACGACCCCUCCCAGCCACAGACAUCCAUCAGCAAAGAACAGUUUGAAAGGAAAAAGAAUGACACACUGGACCCUGAAUUGUUUGUGGAAUGUACCGACUGUGGACGUAAAAUGCAUCAGAUCUGCGUCCUCCACAAUGAGACGAUAUGGCCGACAGGUUUUGUGUGUGAUCGCUGCUUAAAAAAGUCCAAUAAGACCCGCAAGGAGAACAAGUAUGCUGCAAAACGGCUGCCCCAGACGAAACUCGGCAGCUUCCUAGAGAUACGUGUGAACGAGUUCCUCAGACGGCAAAACCACCCUGAGUCAGGCGAGGUCACCAUCCGUGUGGUCCAUGUUUCAGACAAGGUGGUGGAGGUCAAACCCGGCAUGAAAGCCAGGUUUGUGGACAGCGGGGAGAUGGCAGAGUCCUUUCCCUAUAGGUCUAAGGCACUGUUUGCCUUUGAAGACAUUGAUGGUGCUGAUGUCUGCUUCUUUGGCAUGCAUGUGCAGGAGUAUGGCUCAGACUGCCCACCGCCCAAUCAGAGGCGUGUGUACAUCUCCUAUUUGGACAGUGUACACUUCUUCCAGCCUCGUCAUAUGCGCACAGCGGUCUACCAUGAGAUCCUCAUUGGGUAUCUGGAGUACGUCAAGAAGCUGGGGUUUACAACUGGUCACAUCUGGGCCUGUCCGCCCAGUGAAGGAGAUGACUAUAUCUUUCACUGUCAUCCGCCUGAUCAGAAGAUACCCAAGCCCAAACGGCUGCAGGAGUGGUACAAGAAAAUGCUGGAUAAGGCUGUGUCCGAGCGCAUCGUACAUGACUACAAGGACAUCUUCAAACAGGCGACAGAAGACCGCUUGACUAGUGCAAAGGAGCUACCCUACUUCGAGGGGGACUUCUGGCCCAACGUGCUGGAAGAGAGCAUCAAGGAGCUAGAACAAGAGGAGGAGGAACGCAAGAGAGAGGAAAACAGCACUUCCAGCGAGAGUAUUGACGCCACCAAAGGGGACAGCAAGAAUGCUAAGAAGAAAAACAGUAAGAAGACAAGCAAGAACAAGAGCAGUCUGAGCCGGGCCAACAAGAAGAAGCCAGGAAUGCCCAAUGUAUCCAAUGACUUGUCCCAGAAACUCUAUGCCACCAUGGAGAAGCACAAGGAGGUGUUUUUCGUUAUCCGACUGAUUGCUGGCCCCACUGCCAACUCCCUCCCACCUCUCGCGGACCCUGACCCCCUGAUGGCCUGCGACCUGAUGGAUGGACGCGAUGCGUUCCUCACGCUGGCGCGAGACAAGCAUCUAGAGUUUUCCUCAUUGCGUCGGUCCAAGUGGAGCUCCAUGUGCAUGCUGGUUGAGCUGCAUAAUCAGAGCCAGGACCGCUUUGUUUAUACCUGCAACGAAUGCAAGCACCACGUGGAGACACGCUGGCACUGCACAGUUUGUGAGGACUACGAUCUGUGUAUCACUUGCUAUAACACCAAGGGCCAUGAGCACAAGAUGGAAAAGCUUGGUCUGGGCUUAGACGAUGAAAGCAACAGUCAGACAUCAGCAGCCACACAGAGCCCCAGUGACUCACGGCGCCUAAGCAUUCAGCGCUGCAUCCAGUCGCUGGUGCAUGCCUGCCAGUGCCGCAAUGCCAACUGUGCUCUGCCAUCCUGCCAGAAGAUGAAGCGUGUGGUGCAGCACACUAAGGGAUGCAAGCGUAAGACUAACGGUGGCUGCCCCAUCUGCAAGCAGCUGAUUGCACUGUGCUGCUACCAUGCCAAGCAUUGCCAGGAGAACAAGUGCCCUGUACCCUUCUGUCUGAACAUCAAGCACAAGGUGCGGAAUCAGCAGAUGCAGCACCGGGUGCAGCAGGCGCAGAUGGUGCGACGCCGCAUGGCCAGCAUGCAGCGAACAGGUCAGCCCACCCCCAGCGGAGGGGGCGGGGGGCUGCAUUCUCCGGGGAACAAUGGCACGACUGCCCCCAGCACACCUACCCAGCCGCCCACACCACAGACGCCUACCCAGGCCAUCCUGCCCCCUGUAACCCCAACUGGACCCAGUGUCGCGGUGACUGGAGGUGGCCCCCCUCCACAACAAGGGCCACAACAGGUUUCUCAACACCAUCUCCACCACCUCCAGCAGAUACCUGUUGGGAACAUGAUGAGCUCCCCUCAGCAACAAUCUCAGCAAAUGCUCCAAGUGCAGCAGCAUCAGACACCACCUCAGCAGGUUCAGCAGGUCCAGCAUACUAAUAGCCUCCCCUCUUAUACGCCUCGCCACCACGGCUCGUCCCCACAGUCACAGGGUAAGCCAGGGCUCAGCCCGGCCACCCCUCCACAGCAGCAGCAACCCCAGCCACCUCAGUCCAACUCUGGUCAGCCUCCCAUGGCCCAGCAACAACAGCCUGCCCCGCCCUCUUCAGGGCCUCCCCCAGCUGCUGUUGAAAUCGCCAUGAAGAUCCAACGCGUAGCAGAGACCCAGAGGAAGAUGGCCCAUGUGCACAUCCUGCAGCGGCAGGCAGCAGGCAUGAUGACCCCACAUCCGCACCACCAGCCCCCACAGCCCCAGGCCCAAAUGGGCAUGGCCCAUACUAGUGGGGGAAUGGUGGGGGCACAGGGCCUCCCUCCUCAGGCCCAAGCAGCAGUUGCUCGGGCCCACUUGGAGCAGCAGCAGCAGCAGCCGCCACAGGGCAUGAUGGUCCCAGCAGGUAUGCAGCAGCCACCCCCGCAGGGUAACCCACAGAGCCAGCUGACCCAGCAGAUGUCACUGCCUCAACCAGGUGGCCCACAGCUGCAACCUCCACAGCAGGCCCAGCAGCAGUGGGGCAGCCCAGCCAUGCCCCAGCAAAGGCCUGCGAUGAUGGGCCAGCCGGGUCACCCAGUCAUGAUGGCCCCCCAGCAGCAAGUCCCACAACCACAGCUUCCCCAGCCACCAUCUCAGCAGCAGCCUGGUCGCGGUGGUGUAAUUGGCAUGCCAGGUGUACCAGGUGGAACAACAGCAGCAGCAGCAGGCAGCAGCAACCUCCCCCAGGCUGCUCUGCAGGAGCUCUUGCGCACCCUGCGCUCUCCUAGCUCUCCCUUGCAGCAGCAGCAAGUGCUUAGCAUUCUUCGCUCCAGCCCCCAGCUCAUGGCUGCCUUCAUUAAGCAGCGUGCCUCCCGCUACAAAGGUGGAGCACCUGGCCCUGGGGUGGGCGGAGCCCAAGGAGGCAUGGGUGCUCAGCCAGUUAAUGUAAAUGCUGGUGCUGCCCCACCAGGCAUGCAUAUGGGUCAGAGUAUGGGGAUGCCAGCCAUGGCUCAGCUUCAGCAGCAGCAGCAACAACAGCAGCAGCAACCGCAGUUACAGCAACGUCAAAUACCAGGUGGCAAUAUGCAGCAGCAGCAGGUGGCAGCUUUACAACAACAGCCACAACAGCAGCAACAAGCUGGUCUACAGAGCCAGGGUCCCAACAUGGGUAACAUAAACCCACAGUUCAGAGAGCUCCUGAUGAGAAGGCACCUUCAGCAGCAGCAGCAACAACAGCAGCAGCAGCAACAACAGCAGCAAAUGGGCAACCAUGCCCAGUUCCAGCCACCACAACCCCCCCAACAGCAGGGCUACCUUGGGCAGCCUAACAUGCCCCCUCAGCAACCAGGCCAGCCCCAGCCUGGGGGUCCACAACAACAAGGGUACCCAGGUGCCAUGCUCCAGCAGAGGCUACAACAGCAUCAGCAUCACCUCCAGAUGCAGCAACAGCAGCAGAAUGCCAUGCUGCAAGGGGCUGAUGGUGGAGGACCGCCACCACAUCAGCAGCAACCGCAGCAAACCCCGCAGCAAGGCGGCCCUCAACCCCCAUCAUCACAGACCAUGCUCACUCAGACCCUGCACCAGCGAAUCCUCCAGCAGCAGCACCUGGGUGGAGGCUCUCCAGCCCAGCACAGUGGCCCCAUGAGCCCCCAGCAGCAAAUGGCCCCGUCUCCCCACCUGCAAGGCCCACCGAUGGCAUCUUCGUUAAGUGGCCAGGUGCGCUCCCCUCAGCCCUCACCGCGGCCCCAGUCGCAGCCACCCCGCUCCAGCCCCUCACCCCGCACGCAACCCCAGCCUUCACCGCACCAUAUCUCUCCCCAGACUCAAACGGGUUCCCCGCAUCCUGGACACCUCUCGCAACACCAUCCGGGCAUGGUGGUUCCACCGCCCCAACAGCAGCAGCAGCAGCCCCCCAUGGACCCAACCCCCUUUGGUGCUGACCCGAAUGCCAUGCUCUCUCAGCUCAGCGGAAUGGGGAGCUUGCAUGUGACUGCACCAGCUGACCUGUUGGCUGGCAACAGCCAGGACAUUAAUCACAGUCCCUUAAACAUGAUGUAGCAUUACACAUGCAUCAGAAACCGGGGGCAGUGUUAGGAAUUUCUUAUUAUUAAUAACAUUAUUUAAUAUUUUUCAAUACAAAUGAACUGAACUUCCUAUGGGAGACACUACAGUAACGCAAUGAAUGAAUAAAAUUAAUGAAUGGUAAGUUAUUGCUGUUAAUAUAUAUUUUUUGCUAAUUGUGUACAAAGGGGGGAUAAUUUGUCUAUCUCCUGCAGAGAUUAAGACAGGAAAUAUUUUUGGGAUGGGGAUGGAGAAUCUGCCUUUUUUAAGAAAUAUUUUUAAGAUUUUAAAUAUGGUCAGUUUAAAGAACAAGAUGAUUUAAUGCAAUGGACUUUUAUAUUGUAGACUUUCUUCCUUAAAUCAGGCUCUAUUAAAUCAGUUUUGCAGUGAUGUGGGAUUAUCAUUGUUAGUCCAAACAUUGCAGCAUAUCCUAAAAGUUUGGGUUUGCUUUAUUUAUUUGUGGUUUUUUUUUUUUUUUUUUUUUUUUUUUUUUCUUUUUUGACUGUUUAUUGCUAUGUGUACUUUGAGACUGCAACAAUUCAGAGUAUAUUUUUGUUAAUGACUGUCUAUAAGGGGAGUUUAAUUACUUUUUAUUCUUCUGGUUUUGGGGUGGGGGUUUAAAUUUGUAUUCUCAUUUUGAACUAAGGUUCAAGUUUGUUUGAAGGUGUCUGUGGCCAAUUUUUAAAUGUUAUUUAAAUUUUUUUAUUUUUUUUUUCUCCAUUUAUUUCAUGCGGCACCAGGAAGGCAGAGCCAUUAUACAUCGUGUUCUGUUGAGGUGCCCCUUCGCCCACUGCAAGCACACGUACUCGCAGUUAGUGAAUGUGUUUGGGAGUGCUGGAAUUGGAACAGACGUAAGAAAGAGGAUGGGGGUUCGCGUUCUCGUGUGCUGUAAUUUUGUUCGGAAGGUGGUCUGGCGGUCUUGCGCUGCUCGGGGCCUUUCAGGAACGGGAAUGUACUGGAAAGUAAAGGGUCUUGCCUUCUAUGGACUAUAGCGAAGAGAACGGGAGAAGGGGAGGCCACCGUGAACGGAGGGGUAAGGUGCGCUCAUCCAUCCCCUUGGACUCUGGGUUCUCCCUCUGGACGAGGAGCCAAUGCACUCCUAGAACUGCUGACACUCCCACUAAUGCCAACCUCAGUGGUGAGGGCCAGUCCACCUCCCACCCCCCCUCUUCAUGCGCAGAACUUUGGGAUUUUAAUUUAAUAUUUUUUACUGUACAAAAUAAA